AUGGCAGCAAAUCUAAACUGACUUCUACUAUGCCCCUCCAUUACACAGCAGCCAAAUCCUCUACAUUCAAAAAGGGAGUGUCUACAUCCCCAAUCAAGAAGUUUCAACGAGACAUCAAGAAACAACUCCCAUCGCAACGUAUCUUCUCUCAAAACCUAACCAAGAAAAAGUCAGUUUCGCCUACCCCAGAUGAUGACAAAUUGACCAUACUCGACUACAAUGUGCAACUAGAUUACCAUCUCGCCUCUGACGAUCUAAUGGUUGCUAUAGACACGAUAUUGUCCAACCUAUGGAGUGAAUCUACCAAGUUACACCAACGAUAUACUCUGGUGGGAAGCACCACCGAAGAACGAAUAUUCCUGCUCAAGGGGCUUUCAAGCACAGUCAAGGCGGAAAUAGUAAAGUAUAGAAACCAAACCCAUGACUUAAUCACAACAACCCAGCUAUAUUCCGUAUGCAGCCACUUGGGAAACACGUUUGUUGAUCGUAAGCUUGAGUUGUUGAUCCGUCAGGGCAAAGUGAGAAAGUUUGUCAUUUCCAAUGCAUCACCAGUGAUUCUGAGAAACGUGCAAAAGUUCCAACUAGGAAAAGUAAGUUAUGGGUUUGAAAACGUGGAAGUUGUUGUCAAGACGGAUAACUAUUACAAGUUGAUUGAGGGUGCUAUACAGGCAUCUCCAAAGGAAGAAGCCUUGACAAAGUUCUACCAAUAUGUAAAAGGCAACCCCACGUCACUAUUCAUAAACAUCCUGGAAACAUUCACCAAUGAAGAUCUUUCCGUGCUAGUCAACCAUGGCUUGGUAACACUUACCUCCAACCAUUUAAACCAGAUUGAAUCGCAUCAUUACUCUAUUGCAUACCCCAACUGUGGCACAUUUCUAAAGCUAAUAAAUCAAGGAAGAGUGUGGCUUGUCAAACUGUUAACUAAAGCCAAACACAAGGAGAUGGUAGAGGAUCAGUUGUUUAAGAGAUGGGAGGGGGUUAACUUACAGGGAGAGUCGAAAAUGAACAACUUUAGAAAACCAUUCUACGGCUAUGAUCUCAAUUGGAUAAUUGCCGAUGCACUAGGCUCGGGUGUUAUUGAAGUGUUUAAUACCCCAGUAGGGCGAGGUUAUAGAUUAACAGGUAAAGUAUAAUAAGCAGAUUUACAUUCUAACUUUUUGCUUUCUUUGCAACUUCUUUUGCUUCUUUUCCAUCUCCUUCUUUUCCAACUUGAUUUGCUCUUCUCUGCUCAAGUUUCUCAAUCUGUCACGCUCGGCUCUCUUUUGUUGGGCUUUUUCUUCAGCGACUUUUUCCUGUUGAAUUUCCUCUUGGAUCUUCUUGAGCUUUUCAAUUUCAACUUCUCUGGUCUUGACAACCUUCUUUAAUGCUUCUGGACGGAAAGUGAUGGACUUGUCAGCAAUACGAUCAACAAACACAAACAAAGCUUCCAAGACUUGCUGAACAAGAGCUAAGUCGUCCUUCUUGUUGGAAAUGUCGACGGAAACAACCAAUCUUCUUUGUGGGAUCAUUUCACGUAAAGAUUCUGGACGUUCAACCGGUUGGUCAGUGGCGGCGAUAAACUUGACAAAACUGGCACUUUGCAAAGUCAAGGCCUUGUUCAAUUCAGGAAUGCUGAACUUGUCUUGGAACUCGUUGGCUUCGCUCAUGUAAACAAAUGAUUCUGGUAAAUUGGUAGAAUCGUUGGUCUUACAUAACGAUAAGAAAUAGUUGAACUUUCUGGCAUCGUUCAUACCCAACUUGGAAACAAUAGCGACAAUAAAAUUAUCAUACUGUACGGAGGGAGUGAUGGUAAUUUCAGCCUUGUCAGUAGGGAUCUUGACUGAUCCGGUAAAGAAGCCCAACACGUAUUCCAAAAUCCAUACAAACAAGUUUUGUCUAGGUUGUAAACUAAUCUUGAUGUCAACCUUGGCGAUGUUGGUACGACCAGUAGCAUAACUGGAGAAGUUCUCAGCACUGUCCUUCACGUAAAGCUUGUCACCCGUGACACCAACUUGAUAAAAGUGUUUCUUCAACACUGGUGAGAUGCCCUUUAAGAAAGUAGUGGCCUUGGAUUGGUUGUACAAAUCACCAAGCUUGUAAAUGGCAAUAAAGGAGAAAAUGAAACUAACAGUGACGAUUUCCAAGCUCCAAUUACGAAUAGCAAUUCUUUGCCAGAUGGACAUGGCUGUUAAUUCUUCAAGGGUGAAUUCUGAAUAGUCAGACAC